UGCUGGUGGAAUAUAGUAGGUGUUGGUGUGGUGCGAUUUACCCACUGCUCCGCGAUCACAGAUCUCAUGCUCUUUCCCAACCAAAUGCCACGUUUCUUCAGUCUGGAUCUACAACGUUACUUCUUGACUCCCACGAGUGCAUGAAGCUGUAUAAGGAUCAAAGCUCCUGGGGUUUAUUACCACCCAUUCAUUGCAUCACAGCCUGAACAGAUACCUCACAGAGGAUUUAAUCUUUCAAAAGCUGGACACCACAUUGUCCAUUGAGACCUGCAUCACUUACAAACCUGCAGCAGACAGGUACUUUGGAUUUACAAGGAUCACUCAAGACAGGAUACAAAUACUCCAGGACAACUGAUCCUUGAAGUCUUACCACCUACCCAACAUUCUGGAACUGGUAUUUUCAUGUAAUCUUCACCAGCUUACAGCAAGCCAACAGGGUGCUUCACAACUUAUCCACAACUUCUUCAUACAAACAAACUCUUCUGGAGCCCAACCUCCCUCUUACCUUGACUAAUCAUUUGCUUGUUCUUCCAGUGUCUUAUGUUUGCACAGAACAUAUUUGCACUGCUCUCUCAAGAGGAUCUACUUGAGCUAAACAAAGUGGAAUACCUAAUGCCUAUUUGUUUUAGUGGACUACUGUUAAAAAACGUACAUUGAAGAAGAGCAGAGAAGCCACUUCAUGAGACAGAAACCAGUUUAAAAACCUGAACUUGGAGCAAAUACUAAGGAUAUACUCAAUGACUUUCAAAUUCCAUCAAGGAACACUUUGGCAUUAUCAUCUUUAACUGACAAUACACUCAUACUAUAUAUUUCUGCAACUGAAAACUGAGAAAGUGAGGACAGGAAAAAAUGGGUUUGACAGCCAAGAUUCUGAUGGUGUUAGCCUUCAUUGGGUCCAUCUCAAGUUUGUUUGCCCAACAAGAUUACUAUGAGAGACUACGUUCUUCUAGAUUAGGAAGCAUGGCCAGCACUACAACUCCCCCUCCAGGUGAAGAAUCUGAGUCUCAGUGUGUGCAGUGCUGUCAAGGACCAGGAGGAACCAUGGGCAUGCCUGGACCUAAUGGCCCACCAGGAGCAGCAGGAGCUCCAGGGAUCCCUGGAGUACCUGGGAAUCAUGGCAUCAACGGACAUGAUGGCAAUCCUGGUUUACAAGGAGCCAAGGGCGACAUGGGUCCUCAGGGUCUACCGGGUCUCAAAGGCUCAGCAGGAACUCCUGGAAGGCCAGGAGUACCUGGACUCCAGGGGAGAGUUGGGCCACGUGGACCACCAGGAUCUGGAAAUGCAGAACCUUCGGCAACCAGAAGUGCUUUCUCUGCCGCACGACUUACAACGCUAACAGCCCCUCGCGAAUCCGACAUCAUCAUCACAUUUGAGCAUGUCUUUGCAAACUUUGGAAACCACUUCGAUGCAUACACUGGAAUCUACACAGCACCUGUGGCAGGCGCGUACUACUUCAUUUUCAAUAUUCACAUGGCAUCUACGCACAAGAAUCCCUACGUGAAGCUCAUGCUGAACGGCAAAAUGCAGGUUUCGGUUCACGAUUACGACAACAGAGAUGCUUUUGAUUCAACGACAAACAGUGUUAUUCUUGAACUUCAGGCUUCUGACCGGGUGUGGUUACAACUCGACGCAGAUAAUGAAGUCAGCAGCAAUAGCAACAGAUACACAACAUUCACAGGGUACAUGAUAUUCAAGUUAUAAAACUAAAUAGACAUGAAGACACUGAUAUCUGAGAUGCAAUGGCAGAUAAAACGAUGAUUGGUAUUUGAUGCCACUGUAUUGGAACUUUGCAUUUUCAAAGGGGAAAUGAACAGUGGAAUGCCAUUAGAAUUUGCCAUUAAUAGCAUCUGAGAGAGACAAGAUAACAAGUGGAGUACCAUUUCGACAGAAAGAAUUUUUUUUCAUCUCAUGUAAGAUAUUGAUGUUGUCA